CUCGCUCUCUACGAACCCUAGAUUUGCCUCUCCUAUAUAUAUAUACUUCUAUCUUCUCGCUCUCCGUCUCUCUCUCCCCCUGGCAAAGCUCUUGCUUUCGGAAGAACGCUAGUGAACUAAGAUCUGAUAUCAGAAGCAAACGUUUUUCCGAUAAGCAAUGGCGCUGGUCUUGCAUGCAGGGAAAGGCAAAAAUGUUUUCAAGACUCUCAUUGCUGCAGAGUACUGUGGCAUCAAAGUUGAACUUGCCCAGAAUUUUGAGAUGGGAGUUUCAAAUAAAACCCCAGAGUUUAUUAAGAUGAACCCUAUUGGGAAGGUUCCUGUAUUGGAGACCCCAGAUGGUGCCAUCUUUGAGAGCAAUGCAAUUGCCCGUUAUGUUUGUCGUUUGAAAUCUGACAGUCCUCUUUAUGGCUCUUCACUAAUAGAAUAUGGGCAUAUUGAACAAUGGAUUGACUUUGCCUCACUGGAGAUUGAUGCUAAUUUGCUUAUCUGGUUUAGACCAAGAUUUGGAUAUGCGUCUUACCUUCCUCCGGCUGAAGAAGCUGCUAUUUCUGCAUUGAAAAGAGCUCUUGGUGCCUUGAACUCGUAUUUGGCUUCAAACACUUACCUGGUUGGGCAUGCUGUGACCCUGGCUGACAUUAUCAUGACAUGUAACUUGUAUUUAGGAUUCACAGUGCUCAUGACUAAGAGCUUUACCUCCGAGUUCCCUCAUGUUGAGAGAUACUUUUGGACCAUGGUUAAUCAACCAAAUUUCAGCAAGAUAUUGGGUGAGGUAAAGCAGACAGAAAAGGUCCCUCCUGUUUCAUCAUCAAAGAAGCCUUCCCAGCCAAAAGAAGCUACUAAAACAAAGCCUAAAGAUGAGCCUAAGAAAGAAGCCAAGAAGGAACCAGAAAAGCCCAAAGCUGAAGCUGACGAGGAGGAGGAGGCACCAAAACCCAAGCCUAAGAAUCCUCUCGAUCUACUGCCCCCAAGUAAAAUGAUACUGGAUGAGUGGAAGAGGCUCUACUCGAAUACCAAGACCAAUUUCCGUGAAGUUGCAAUCAAAGGUUUUUGGGACAUGUACGAUCCCGAGGGAUACUCACUCUGGUUCUGCAAUUACAAGUACAAUGAUGAGAAUACUGUUUCAUUUGUAACACUGAACAAGGUCAGUGGAUUUCUCCAAAGGAUGGACCUCGUACGCAAGUAUGCCUUUGGGAAGAUGUUGGUUAUUGGAUCGGAGCCCCCCUUCAAGGUGAAGGGACUUUGGCUCUUCCGUGGCCCCGAAAUUCCCCAAUUUGUACUCAACGAAUGCUACGACAUGGAGCUUUAUGAUUGGACCAAGGUCGACAUAUCGGAUGAAGCCCAGAAGGAGAGGGUCAACCAGAUGAUAGAAGAUUUCGAGCCCUUCGAGGGGGAGAGCCUUUUGGAUGCCAAGUGCUUUAAGUGACAACACCACCCUUGCUUGCACCAGCUGCUUAAUUUUGUCACUUCUUUGUCCCAGGUGGUGGGGGUUAUUUAUUCUGUUUUUCCUAGGAUUUUGAUCGAGUCAAGGACCGACCUUAGUGUAAUUUAGAAUUUUGCCGGAUUCCAGGAUAAGUGUGCCUUUUAACCUGGUAUAGUUUUCUUUAUCUUUUCCUUGGUUGCAACAAACAUUGUUUGAUCAUGUUGGAGAUGAAGCAAAUGAUAUUCCUAUCUUGCAACCCUCCGGUAGUUCACUGUUUCAUCUUCUCUACUAAGAAGGGAAAUUUACCUAUCAGUCCCUUAAAAUGUAUCAAUUUGAACUAUUACUUAAGAGUUGUUUGAAUCUUAUGGGAGACUAUAGUUUGUCUU